AAUCAACAUUUAGAUUUGCCGAAUCAUACCUCAGAUAUUCCCCGAGAAUCAACCAUUAGAUUCAGCUUAUUUCAGUCUGGUCUGGUUAGAUGAAUUGGAUAAAGGGUUUGCGCUUACUUACCAAUCUUUCUAAACCCACUGGGGAAAUUUCCAAGUGUGGUGCAUCACAGUGUUCUAGUGUCAAUAAGCACCAAAAUGGUAUCCUUGAUGCUGAAAAUAUUACACCACUGAGUUUGCAACAACAAAGAGGAUGUCUAGCAGUAAACUCAUUCCAGCAGCCGAGUUUGGGUCCUAAAGAUAUUGAUCUUCAAGACACAUUGAUUGUAUCCAGAAAUAUGUUGGGAAAAUUUGAACUUACUUCUUGUAUUCAAGGAAAUACCCUUAGGCUGAAAAGACCUGCAGUGACGGUUUCUCGUAGGUAUGGACAGAGUGCCCAAGAUGAUCCAAAAUUGGAUAGAGACUUUCUAGUACAGCUCUGGGUUGCCGAUAAAAAACAAAAAAGGUCUAGAGCAAAACGAAGAGGGAAAGUUGUUAACUAUGCAAACAAUGGUGAAACAGUUUAUACUAAUCAAUCUUCUUUCCAACCUCCACUUGGAAGAUGGUUUUCGGGCACAUCUAUUACAGAAGAAAAAUCAGAUGAUCAUGUGAGACCAGUUUUGAAGCAACCGCCUCUUAGCCAGUCUGCCACAGGUGCAUUGAAACCAGCAUCUCUGGAGGAGGCUCGGGUUGCACCUCUUCUUGCAAGGUCCAAUUUGCUGAUUACUAGGGAUAUAGAAUGGGCAAAUCUUGUAUUUGGUUUUGAGCAGGAAAACCGAUAUGCAAUAGUAGACAUCUGCUAUCCCCAAUCACCUGCGGGUCUUAUCCGUGAACAAAGUAACUUGAUUGCCAGACAGUUGCUUCGUUCAAGGCGCCCUUUCGUGGCAUACAUAACUGAUGCCAUGGGCAAUGAGCUGUUUAGGGUUCGAAGGCCCUUUUGGUGGAUAACCAGCUCAAUUUAUGCAGAGAUAGACGGUAAGGAGGUUGGUGUUGUUCACAGAAGAUGGCAUCUAUGGAAGAGGGUCUAUGAUUUGUACUUGGGGAAUAAGCAGUUUGCUGUGGUUGAGAAUCCUGGCUUUUGGAACUGGACAUUUAAUUUGAAGGACAUUGAUGGGCAAAUGCUGGCUCAAGUAGAUCGUGACUGGAGGGGUUUUGGUUUUGAGAUCUUCACUGAUGCUGGCCAAUAUGUGAUCCGAUUUGGAAGUGCUGAUGCCAGCCCAAACAUUGGUCCAGCCGGAGUGGUUCAAGAGUUGGAAGUCGCUCGCCCCUUAACUCUAUCAGAGAGAGCAGUAGCUGUUGCACUUGCGGUGUCACUGGAUAAUGACUAUUUCUCAAGACAUGGAGGCUGGGCAAUUCCUUUUGUUGCAGUUGGUGAAUAACAUUUUCAAGUUGCUGUUGCUGAUAUGCUUGUUAUCUGCAGAAGACAAGUAGAGUGUUGUACAGAGAGAGAUCUAUGUUGUGUUUCCCUUAAUCUGCUCCCCUCUUCUAAAAACUGCAUCACUCAAUUUCUAUGCAUGUAUUUGUAAUUGUUUGUUGCCAAUGCCGUCAUCAUUGGCAUUGAUGGAAAAUUUACAAUUUUGAGGAUUCUUAAAAAGGAAUUUUGUAAUUUUCCGUCAAUUAUAGCCAAGCUGUAAUAUGUGGAAAUGAAAUAAUGGCAACAUUGUAGACGACUCUCAUUCAUGUUGCUUUUGUUGUGUGGGAGGCCCACUAGAGACUGACUGUUUGGGGCGAGAGAAGAUGUACUUUGAUAGAAAAUAAAUCUGUGCAAGUUCGAAACAAUACUGCAUGGCUGCAGUAGCCAAGCAUGCAAAGGUUUAACACAAA